ACACAUGCCGCCAAACCUGCUGAGCUUUUCCAGCAGUUUCUGCUGAGGAAGAUGAAGAUGGCCUGAGAGGGGGGUGCAGAUUUAUCCAAAUAACACCUUGUCUCUUUGAAAGAACUGUCAUAUUUAGUCCCAGUCACCUACUUAGUGACUUUUAACUUGUAAAUCCUUCAUUCUCAAAUAUCUAUAAAAUUCAUUUUGAAGUUCCUUUCAGGUGAACAUUCCAGAUUGUGACAACUCUCUGUUGAUCCUUGAAAGUGUUGAGUCCAUGUUGAGUCUGGAGGUUAUAAAGGGCUGAAUUGAAACAUGAGAUGCUGUUCCCAGAGGUCCCACUGAUCAUCACUGGAACAAUGCAGGAAGCUGAAGUCAGAGCAGGAUUUUGGACGUUGGAAGAAAAAGCACCGUUCAUACCGGGGUGAAACACGUAUUGUGUGUGUGUGGAAGAGUCUGUGAAGGUUCAUCUGAAAUGUCCAAACGCCAGCGCAAUGACACUAGGGAGAGACGAUGGAAAUGUGGGGAUUGCGGGAAGGGAUUUCUAUUCCCAUCCCAACUGGAAACUCACCAACACAGUCACAGUGGGGAGAAGCCAUUCACUUGCUCUCAUUGUGGGAAGGGAUUCAUUCGGUCAUCCCACCUGCUGGAACACCAGCGAGUUCACACUGGGGAGAGACCAUUCACCUGCUCCAAUUGUGGAAAAGGCUUCAUUCAGUCAUCUGGCCUGCUUAAACACCAGCGAAUUCACACUGGGGAGAAACCAUUCACCUGCUACGAUUGUGGGAAAGGAUUCGCUCAGUCAUCCAGCCUGCAUGUACACCAGCGAGUUCACACAGGAGAGAAACCAUUCACUUGCUCUGAAUGUGGGAAAGGAUUCACUCAGUCAUCCAGCCUGUUGAUACACCAGCGAGUUCACAGUGGGGAGAGACCAUUCACCUGCUCUGAUUGUGGGAAAGGAUUCAGUCACUCAUCCAACCUGCUUAAACACCAGCGAGUUCACACUGGGGAGAGACCAUUGACCUGUUCUGUGUGUGAGAAAGGCUUUGCUGAUUCAAACUCCCUGCUAAUACACCAACGAGUACACACUGGGGAGAGACCGUUCACCUGCUCCGAGUGUGGGAAGGGAUUCACUUGUUCAUCUAACCUACUGAGACACCAGAGUGUUCACACUGGGGAGAGACCAUUCACCUGUUCUCAGUGUGGGAAGGGAUUUACUCAAUCAUCCAAACUGUUAACACACCAGCAAAUUCAUAAAGAACUUCAGUUGAAGGAUUUUGCUCUGACUCGCACCAAGGAAUAAAUUGUGGUCUUUGGGCCAUUGGUGCUGAUGUUAUUAAUCACUGCUCAAUUAAAGGUGCUGAUAUUGUCGAUAAAAUGUUAAUAACAAUUCUGUAUCUGUAGGGUAGGUUUUUUAUAUAAUCACAUUGUUACUCUAUAUCAACACCUUCACACUGGAUAAAAGUUGUCCACCUGAGUAGUGUUUGAAAAGGGAUUUCCUGGCUCAUCACCAGUGAAUUUCUAAGUAACUAUAGCAGUUUUUGAUACUACUGUUAUCUAUAUCCAAACCAUGUUUCUGAUGAUCAUUAGAUAAUCAUAGAAUCCAUGCACUGUAGAAAUGGGCCAUUCUGCUCCUCAAGUCCACACACCUUCCAAAAAGCUUCCUACCCAGACCCACACCCAGUCCCAGUAACCUUGCAUUUCACAUGGCUAAUCCAUUUGACCUACACGUCCCUGGACACUAUGGGAAAUUUAGCACGGUCAAUCCACCCUAACCUGCACACCUUUGGACUGUGGGAGGAAACCUGAACACACAGAGGAAACCCACACAGACAUGGGGAGAAUGUGCAAACUUCACACACAGUCACCCAAGGCUGGAAUUGAACGCCAGUCUCUGGCACAGUGAGGCAGUAACUACUAACCGCUGAGCCACUAUGAUAUUUGUACACACCACAUGUCUGGCUACCAAUUUGGGAGAAAAAUGAUAUAAAUCAGCUUUUUGUUAAAACUACUGUGCAUCAAGUUUUUAUCUUAUCUCUAAAGCUGACUCAUUUAUUUUGACAGGCUCUGUGUGUCUCCUGACUCCUCCAUCCUCACCGCCAAGCGUGAGGAACCCAUGGAGUGUAUUUGUUAGUCAAAAUGAGCCAGUCAGUACACUUGACAGGAGCAGUUGGGAAAAGGUACAUUCAGAGUGAGGGACAGCCCAGAAUGGUGGAAAUGUUGUGCACCAUUGAAAUUUUGUGCAAAGGGGAGGAAGUUCAUAUUCUUGUUCAUGGUUUGUUCAAGGCAGAUGGGGUUGCAUCUGAACUGGAAUGGGAGUAGCAACCUAAUCAAGAGGUUUACGAGUGCUGCAGGGGAAGCAUGUUAAUUAACUUGGCAAGGGGCUGAGAUCCAGAGAGAAUGUUGAAAGUGUAGGAUGAACAGUCAAAAUGUGAAGAAACAAAUGAAACUCAAAAGUAUCAACAUUAUAGGCGACUUAAGGUACAGGGGAAUUUGUCAAGAGUGAAAAGCAUUUAGUUUAAUGCUACGAGUCUGAAAAACAAAUUAAAAUAUGGGAGGAUGAAUGGUUGGAAGCUCAAUAUUUCAAGAUAUAUGGUCUUCAAAUGAGUCAGUGUAUGUGGUAAAAGAGGAGGAGAUGCCGCAAUUUUGUUCAGGGAAUCUGUUAGAGUAAUAAAGAGGGAUGACAUCUUAGAAAAUUCCUUAAAUAAACCCAUAUGAGUAGAACUAGAAGAGCAGGUAAGAAGGAAAAUUUCACAAAGUUUAAAAGUAAAAGGGUUGUGAUAGCAGAGGUUUUCAACUUCCACUGUGGUCAUCGUAGUGUGAAAGGUUUAGAGAAUUUUUAAAAAUACAUCAAGGGCAGUUUUUUUUUUUUAAACCAGUAUGGAGAAGUCCCAACAAGGGUGGGGGAGGUCCAGACUUAACUUUAGGUAACAAAGCUGAGCAAAUGGUUGAAGUGUCAGUGAGGAGUAUGUUGCAGACAGUUAUCAUAACUCUUUUAGAUUCAUGUUUGUGUGGAAAAGGACAAGGAUGGGCCUGAAAUCAAAGUUCUAAACUAGUGGAUUUUAAUAAGAUCAGAUAGGAUUUAGCCAGAGUGCGCUGGGAGAAGAUACUUUCAGGUAAAUGUGCAAGUGGGAACUUAAAAGAGGGAGAGCUAGAAGGGGGACUGAAUGAACACAGGCAGCUAAAAUAAAGGAAAAUACUCAAUUGUUUUACAGGUAUGUUGAUGGUUAAAGGAUCAAGAGGGAAAGAGUAAGGCCCAUUUAGGGUCCACAGCCAUAAUUUGUGUGUGGAGCCUGAGGUUGUAGUUAGGGUUCUAAAUGAAUACUUUGUGUCACUGUUCACUAGGGAGAGAGAAUAUCUGUAGAAAUCAGGGAAAAGGUCUGUGAUAGAAUUAAAUAAAUCAGCAUAAAGAAGGAGGAGGUUCUGAGUAGUCUUGCAGGAGAAAGUGCCAGAUGAGGAGCAAGAAGAAGGGAGUUUAGCUUAUGGGAUAACAGCAUAAAGUAUCAAGGUUAGAGAUGGGGAUGGGAGAAUAAAUACAUUCAUCAUUCACAGAAAACAGACCUCUGACAAAGGGUUCCUGGAAUUGAAUCUUUAACUUUUUUUCUCUUUGUAUACAUGCUGCUAAAUGUGCUGGCUUCCUCCAGUACUUUCUGUUUUUAUCCUUUGCCUGCUGUGUUGUUGCCCCCACUCUUUUUCUGCUGCUACUCUCCCUCUUUUCCAACUUGCUCUUUGUCACCCUAGGAGACAAUGAGUAACUAAAUCUGCUUUAAUAAACCCAGUAAUUCUGUUGCUGACUGAAUGAACUGUUAAUCUGUCUGCAGAGUUGCCAGUGAAAAUAUUAUGCACUUCUGUUUGGUCUGUCAGUAAAUUUUAGCCCUUCUUAUUUCACUGAAUUGUUUUUUGAAACAGGAGGGAACAUAAACUCACGUGACCAGAAAUGAGUCCAUUGACCUAAUUUUGAACAAGUUUCUCCUGACACUGAGAUCAACAAUUUUGGUUCCUUUCCUAUUUUUAAACGUGAACACCCAUGUGGGAACUCCAACACCACCGAAAGUGAAUUGGACAGACACUGGGCUAAAAGCAGGGAAGGGGUCAUCGCCUGUGGUAGUCAGAACUCAACCAGUCUCACUGCCCUGCCUUUUCCGCUCACACUACAGCGCAUAUUUCUCUUGUCUUAACUUGUUCUUGCUUUCAGGAUGAAACAGCAAUCACUUCACUGGAUUCAAUUCUGCUGACAGUAAUCAGAUGCAGUUUAAUGUGGUUAAUUGUGGGGCAAUAUAUUUUGGUAUGUUGAACAUGAACAACAAUAUAAAAUAAAAGGUGUGAAACCAGAGCAACCUAGAUAUAAAUGGGCAUCAGUCAUUGUGACAAGACAGGUCCAGAGGGAAUUUAAUAAAGCAUACAAUAUCCUUGGCUCUCUUAAUAGGCACUUACACUGUAAGAUCAGGGGCAUACUGGUUCAUACUCAGUUGGAAAAUUGUGUACAGUUCUGACAUCUCAUUUUGGUGGAUUUAAAGGCAUGGGAGAGAAGUGAUUUCUGACAGUUAUGUUGCAAAGAAUAAAAAUUCAUCUAUGAAAAGAAUUUCAAAAAGUUGGGAAUGUUAUCCAUGGAGAAAAGAAAGCUAAGAGGAGAUCUGACUAAACCAAUCACGAGAAUUUGGAAAAAUAAAAUCAGCAGGGCAUUUUCUCACUCUUGAAAAAAAAUCAAGCAUACGAGGGCAGCUUUAUAAAGUUAGUAAAACAAGCAAAAGUGAUUUGGACAAUACAAACAUUUUCAGGCGGUGAUUGGUUAGGAUCUGAAAUACUUUUCUGUAUGUGAUGUUGGAGGGAAGUUUGGAAAUUAAAAAUGUGCAGUUAUGGGGAGAAGGAAAGAGAAUAGCAUUAAGUGAAAUGCUCAUUUGGAGAUCUGACAGACGUUGAAGACUGAACGGUCUGUUUCAGCCCUGUAACAAUUCUGAGAUUCUCAACACAGAAGAAGGUAUUAUUAUUGCAGCAUUCUCUGGUCCAGAUAGUGUGAGUAUAGUUUGUUUCUGGAUGUCAUUAUUUGCCUUUUCCCACCCAAUUUGAUCCCUAUUAUAGAAAAAUAUGUAGAUUACAUAAACAGUAACUUGCAUUUGAAAUGGUGACUAUCCUACCCAGCAAGCCUGCACGGUGUGGAAUGUACACUAUGCAAAACAGAAGAGCAAUCUCUGGCUCAGAUACUAGCAGUAUUCCUGGUAUUAUUAUUUGACCCUAACCUCCAACCCCACACCUAAUUACUCCAUUUUCUACUUCAUAACACAAAGUGAUAUGGAGGACACUGAGGCUUCAUGAAUAUAUUGUGUAAGGCUCAAAAUCCCAAAAAGAACUUGCAGUCCCACUGACUGUACCAAACGGAACCAUCCACCAUCUUUUUUGGGGGCACUGGACAGCAGGAUACACUGCCAACUUUGUAGGGAGGCAGUGAUUGGGAGGAGUUUACUGCCUAUUGUUCAGAAUGGAGACAUCAUGUCCAUCAAGCUGCAUUAGCCUUUCACAGCCCAUGUCUUAUUAACGAGGCAGAACACAAUAGAAGGAAGUAAUUCCUGUUAUUCAGAUCCCACUAUUCCAUGAGAAGUCCUGCUCUCAAGGUAAACUUGCACGUUGAGUCAGUAGUCAGGAAGGCAAAUGCAAUGUUGUCAUUUA